AAUAUAUACUGGAUAUUGUUAAGUAAGUAUUAUAAAUCUUAAAAAAAAAAAACAAAAAGGAAAUGGUAUCGAUGUAAUUGUAAACGAACAAAACGAAACAAAACAAAACAUCAAAAGAAAUAUAUAACAACGAUACGAUAUUUUGUAUUGCAAAACGUGAGUGAACCUAUUUUAUGGAAUGAACAUUUAAAGAUUACGAAACUUGGAAGGAUCAAGUGUUGAGAAUGAUAAGACGAUUUAAAUGGAAUGAGAUUUGAUAUUUAAUAAAAAAAAUUGUCAUUAGUAUUGUUUAUUUACGAAUAACUGUUUUUAAUUGACGAGAUACAAAAGUACCAAAAAAAAAAAAAAAAAAAAACUAAAGAAACAAGAUGAUGCUGAUCAAGAGUUUUUUUCGGCGUAUAGCCAAAGAUUUUCGUCACAAAGAAUUAUUACCAUUGAAAUUAAUAUUCUUCGUUCAAGCAUCCAAUAUUAUUGUCAUUUUUUUCAUCAUUGGGUGGCGCGGCAGCGUUACUUUUAUUACUCGUACCAAUAGGCAGAGUUACCGUGGAAUUUCCAGAGAGAGUUAUAAUGGAUGCUAAUUGCAAUGGAAAAAAUGGUCAACUAAUCUAUUCCAUGAGUCAAAAUCAUCCUUGCGAAACCGAUUUGAGCUCGGAAAUUGCUACAAGGAUAGAGAGUUGUGGGUACUCCUGUCACAUAGAUGAACAAAAUGAAAAUGUUACACAAGCCCUUUUAACUUCGAGAUUGUUUACAAUCAUGAGAUACGAUUUUAAAUUAGGUAUUAACGAUUCAUACAAAUACACUGCCUCUUUAAGCAACAUACCACAGGAUAUCGGACUAAUACAAGACAUGAGAUUAAAUCGUAAAUUGAAGAACAACGAAUUCUUCAAAACUUCAGUCAGACGUUUGUCAAAGAACAAUUAUUUUUUUCCAACAAAUCACCUUUACGAAUUUUCUUGUAAACCUUCAACCAUUUUAGAGGAUCUUGAUUCAAAUGAAAUUUACGAAAAUCAAACUCUUUGUACUUUUGGUCAAUUUAUUAAUCCGUCCAAGGAAAAAACAAAUUUAACGAAAACUCGACAAUCUUAUUUAUCCAAAUUAAAUAAAUUAGAAUUGACAGAUGACGAUAUUACAGAAGAAAGAUUAAAAUUUUUAGCAAACGAAGUAUCCUGGAAUGGUGAAACGUUUGAAAAAGCAAUAUGUCAAAAUACAAAUGAAAAUGAUCAAAAGAUAAUAGUAAAAGUACCAUUACUCGAUUAUGCACAAAGUCCAGAACCAUAUAAAAUAUUAAAUAUUGAAAAUUGUGUUAAAAAAUGUCUCGUUAGUAUGCCUAGAAAAGAAGUAUGUUCAAAUAUGAAUAUGCAAGUUGAGUAUAACAUAACCUUAACGUUUUGGUUAUACCUAGUGAUCAGAGUAUUCAUUGGAAUAAUCGGUGGAACAACAUUUGCAAUGUUUGAAGGAGCAGUUAUUGCAAUAUUGAGAGAACAAGAAGCUGAUUAUGGUCUUCAAAGAAUUUAUGGAAGUAUAGGUGGUAUGAUAUCAUCACCAUUAUCUGGUCUUUUGAUUGAUUAUGCUAGCAGAGAUAAAGGAUACACGGAUUUUAGACCAGCAUUUUAUUUAUACGCCGGUUUGAAACUCAUAUCAGGUUUAUUAAUGUUAGCAAUUAAUUUGGAAUUCAAAUCACCAGCUACCAACGUUGUCAGUGAUGUUUUAACAGUAUUAAAAAAUGUCGAAGUUGUUGCAUUGUUCAUAGCAUGUUUUAUUCUUGGAACCUCUUGGGGAUACAUCGAGUCAUUCCUUUUUUGGUUGAUACAAGAUUUAGGUGGUUCAAGAUCACUCAUGGGAAUUACCAUAACAGUUGGUGGCAUCGCAGGAAUUCCUUUGCUCGUUCUUUCUGGACCAAUCAUAUCAAAGAUCGGUCAUGCUAAUGUUCUUUUUAUUGGUUUUGUCUUUUAUGCUGUUAGACUUUGUGGUUAUUCGUUGAUAUACAAUCCUUGGUUUACGUUGAUUUUUGAAGCAUUAGAAUCUGUAACAUCGUCUCUCAGUUUUACGGCAGCUGUUACUUAUGCAGCUAAAUUAUCUACUACUACAACAGAUACUUCGAUACAAGGACUACUAGGUGGACUGUAUUACGGUGUUGGUAAAGGAUCUGGUAGUUUGAUCGGUGGUUAUCUGAUGAAAGCAUUCGGUACAAGACCAACUUAUCAGAUCUUCGCAGUGACCUCUUUAGUGACCGGUUUAAUAUACUUCUUCUUCAAUGCGUUAUAUUUGAAGAAAAGGCCACAAGUGGAAGGGAACGACAUUGUUAAAAAGAAGCCAAAGACCAUGACGACAACGACGACGACGACGACGACAACGAUGACGGAUAAUCAGGAUGUUAUUGAUCGUGUUAUCGUUGAGACGAUACCAUUGGAAGAAAAAAAUCAACACCGUGAUAUUACCAAUAAUGAAAAAGAUCAAAUAUCGAUAAAUACCUAUGGUGGUAAUGUCAAUGAAAAUUUUGUCAAUGAUAAAGAUGAUGCGGUGACCAUGAACAAUGUUAAAGAAAAUUCAUUCAAAGAUACGAAAGAUCUCGAAACGAUUAAUAAUGCAAAAAAUCUCGACAAUAUGGAUAAAUCAUCGUCAACGAAUCAGGAUAAAGUAGAAAGUGGACAAAAUGGUUUGGUUAAUCCUAAUUUUAUCGAGGAUCAUGAGAAUGAUCAAAAUGAGGAUGAUGAGUGUAAUAUUACGAUAGAGAUACGACCGGAUAUUUAAAAAAAAAAAGAAGAAAAAAAAAGAUUUUUUAUUUAUUUUUUUUUAUUUUAUUUUAUUUUAUUUUUUUUUUAAUCAAGUUCCUCUUUAGAGAUCUCUCUUCUGUGUGAAAUAAAAUUUCUUUGUUUUUUUUUUGUUUUUUUUUUUUUUU